AAUAUAAUUAUUAAUCGCGUACAAAUCAAGUGGCCUCGAAGCAAUUGCAUUCAAAAACCGUAAACCACCUACACCGGAUAAUAAGGGUGCCUGUCCACAAGGAAAAGGAGCUAACGUCAGUUCAUUAAGAAAGGAAUAGAAAAUAAAACAGCAUUCAAAAUGCGUGGACUCGUGGAGGAUACAAAAAAGUCCAAAGUUUCGCAGAAUAAUAAUAACAACCUUGGCAGCAGUAUUCGUGCCAAAUCGGGCACAGGAACAACCGGAACAGUCGCCAGCGCCAGUACGUCCAAGCAAACAAGAGCCGCCAUUAAAACGUCGACGACUUCGUCAUCGUCUGCAACAGCAACGCGCAAAACGCCACAAAAUAUGCAACAACAACAAGGCGGCAAGUCUACAAAAACAGCAGCAACUACAAUUGCAAAAGGCACAGUGGCAACAACAACAAGCAACAACUCAAGUGCUUCGAGUACAAAAACACAAAAGGGUCACAAUCCACCCCAACAAACACAGUCACAGCCGCAGUCGCAGUCACAGCAGCAGCAGCAACAACAACAACAGCAACAAUCGCAGUCGCUGCAGCCGUACAACAACAACUCCAACACAAUUACAUUACCAAAAGCUUCGCAUGCCAAUACGAAUGAGGAAUUGGCCGGUGGUGUGCAGGACACAAUUUAUUUGUGCAAUUUUCGUGUUUCUGUUGACGGUGAAUGGCUGUGCCUGAAGGAGCUGCAGGAUAUCGAUGUGGCAGGUGGCUCACAUGCCACAGGUGGCACAAAUACCAAUGCGGGUGCUACUGGCGGUGGGUCAGCUGGUGGCUUUGCCCAGCAUCGCCAGCAAGGUGCCACACAAUCCUCUUCAACGUUUGGCCAGAGAAACAAACGGUACUCGGGCCUGUCGACAACAUCACAUAGCAGCGGCACACUCGAGGAUAAUGGUAUAUUGGCAAUUGAAAAUCUAAUCGGGCGUCGCCUCUGCGACGUUGUCGGCACAAAUGCACUCGCGUCUCAGCACAAAAAUGUCGGCCUAAUUGGUGGUACACUCGGUGAAUGGUCGCAUCUCUCACGCGACACGGCUGAAAUUGAGCGCAGUAAUCUUGUAAAUAUUUGCAAAUUGGUUGUCAAAGAGCUGUUGGAGCAAUCAUUGCGCUAUGGACGUAUGUUGGACUCAGAUCAUCUGCCGCUGCAGCACUUCUUCAUUGUCAUUGAGCAUGUGCUAGGACAUGGACUACGACCGAAGAAGGGUCUCUUGGGUCCGCGCAAAGAGCUGUGGGACCUGCUGCAAAGCGUCGAGAACUAUUGCCCCGAGGCUCAGGACAUAACCGCCAGUGUGCGAGAUCUACCUACGGUCCGGACGCACAUUGGACGUGCACGCGCCUGGUUGCGAAUCGCUUUGAUGCAGAAGAAGCUUGCCGACUAUCUACAGGCCUUAAUAGAGCAUCGCGAGGAUUCAUUGUAUGAUUACUAUGAACAGCAUGCGCUCAUGAUGAGCGAUGAGAUUGUUGUGAUAAUGGGCAUACUAGUGGGCCUGAAUGUCAUUGAUUGCAAUUUGUGCGUAAAGGAGGAGGACCUGGACUCGCAGCAGGGCGUUAUUGACUUUUCGCUCUACCUGCGUUCAAGUUCGCGAAAUGCGGAGGCCGCCAAUGACGAGACUGCGCCCGCUUCACUGGAUGCCACCGGACAGGGUAAUAUGAUAGCAGUACUAGAUCAGAAGAAUUAUAUUGAGGAGCUGAAUCGACAUCUAAAUGCCACUGUUGCCAAUCUCCAAGCCAAGGUCGAGACGCUCACAACAACCAAUGCACUGAUGAAGGAGGAUCUGGCUAUAGCGCGCAAUAGCUUGCUUGCUUUGCAGGCCGAAAAUCAAGCCAUGCGUCAAACUGCGUCUCAGGCAGGAAACCAGUCGGACAGCGGCUCCAAUUCGAGUGGCAGUGAAAAGGAGAAGGAUAAGGAUAAGUCCCAGACCGUGGAAGCGCUCACCGCACAAUUGGCAGAGGAGCGCAAAAAGACAGGCGAGCUGGACAAGGAGCUGAAGCUUCAGAUCUCACUAAAAGCGGAAUCUGACAUGGCCAUGAAAUUGCUCGAAAAGGACAUACAUGAGAAGCAGGACACGAUUGUCUCGCUGCGCCGCCAACUAGACGACAUCAAGCAAAUCAAUUUGGAAAUGUAUCGUAAGCUGCAGGACUGCAAAACAACGCUCACCCACAAAACGGAACUAAUGUCGAAAUUAGAGUGUCAAAAGGAAGAUAUGGCCACGACAAUUUCACAAUUAGAGCAAAAAUGGUCGAGCGAUAAGAACAACCUGGGUGAAAUACUUAAAAAUACAUCGCAGACUCUGUCCACCCAAGUGACCGCAUCCGAGGAACGUGCCGCACGAGCAGAGGCUGAAUCCCGAAUUGAACGCGAAUGGCGUGUCUCGCUGCAGGAGAAGGAGAAAAAGCUGAAAGAUAAAAUCACAACAUUGCAAAAUGGCCUUAAGGAACUGAACGAGGAGAAAGAGAAGAACGAGAAGCUUAAAUUCGAUUUGGAGAAGGUGCGCACCCAAUGGUCCGAGGCGCAGACAACACUCGAAGAACUGGGCAUACAGCUAAGUGUGAGCAAACUGAAAAUAGCCGAAUUGCAGGACAACGAGAAACGUAAUCUGCAGUUGCUGUCGGCCUCAUCGCAAUCUUUGCAGGCCGCAACACCAGACACGAUCAGCAAUCCGGGCAUUUGGGCACCCGAUUCCAUAGCCACCAAUUGCCUUGCUUGUGAUCGGGAAUUUAAUUUGACGAGACGCAAACAUCAUUGCCGCAGCUGUGGGGAGAUCUUUUGUAAGAAUUGUUCCGAACAUACGCUUGCCUUGCUCAACGAUCAGGGACAACCAGGGAAACCAGUACGGGUUUGCAACGCUUGCUAUAUAAACGCUACGAAGUGAUGGAGCAUAUGGUGCUAAUAGUUAUUUAAUAAGGUAGCUAGUUUCAAUAUUAUUGUUUCUGUGCUUGCAUUGGUCACAAAGCAAGAAGAGUUUUAAUAUAAGAGCCACCCAGAAACAUUUCCAAUUGCCUGAUUAUCAGUUUAUACAGAAAUUAUUUUUGUAUUGCUAUCAUUUUGACAUAUGUAUAAACGUUAUAUUACCGUUUGUGUAUUCAAUAAAUGCCCUUAAAGCGAUA